GGCUCAGAGGGUCCGUCCAGCCACCGAGGAUAAUCAUCCGAGCACAGGAGCCCUCCCGGCCGGCACUUUUACAACCAACAGGACGGCACAUUUUCAACCAUUCACACGAAGAUCUGUCGAAAACUGUCUCCUCAGAAGUGACUGAUUCAAGACUCUGCUGCCAUGUCUGUGAGCAUCCACAUCAACAGCCCUCAUGUCAAGUACACAGACAGCCACAUUGAGGCUAAAUACUCCUACCAGAGCACAUCGGUGCACAGAGAUGGGAACAAACUCACGGUGACGCCGCACACCACUGAGAUGACAUUUCGCACAGAGCGGCAGGUGCCCCGGCUGGGUGUGAUGCUGGCGGGUUGGGGAGGCAACAAUGGGACCACAGUCACAGCAGCUGUAAUAGCCAACAAGCUGGGUCUCACCUGGAAGACCAAAACCGGAGAGAAGAAAGCAAACUACUACGGCUCCCUCCUGCAGGCGUCUACCGUUUGCGUGGGAUCGGGGCUGGAGGGCGAAGUCAACGUGCCCUUCCGUGACCUCCUGCCAAUGGUGCACCCUAAUGAUAUUGUCUUUGACGGUUGGGAUAUCUCCGCCAUGGAUCUGGGCAGCGCGAUGGAGCGAGCUGAGGUGCUCGACUGGUCACUACAGGAGCAGCUGCGACCGCACAUGAGCUGCCUGAAACCCAGACUGUCCAUCUACAUCCCAGAAUUCAUCGCUGCAAACCAGGAGAGCCGGGCAGACAACGUCCUCACCGGGACCAUGGCGGAGCAGGUGGAGCAGAUCAGAGCGGACAUAAGGGAUUUCCGUCAGUCCAGCGGCGUGGACAAAGUCAUCGUUUUGUGGACCGCCAACACUGAGCGCUUCUGCGAUAUCAUACCAGGAGUCAAUGACACCGCCAAGAACCUGCUGGCUGCCAUCCAGGUCGGAGCAGAGGUUUCUCCCUCCACUCUGUUUGCAGUGGCCAGCAUACUGGAGGGCUGCGCCUACAUCAAUGGCUCCCCGCAGAACACUUUCGUCCCGGGCGCCAUCGAGCUCGCCAUGCAGAGAGGAGUGUUCAUCGGUGGUGACGACUUCAAGUCCGGGCAGACUAAGAUCAAGUCGGUGCUGGUGGACUUUCUGGUCAGCGCAGGGAUCAAGCCGACCUCCAUCGUCAGCUACAAUCACCUCGGCAACAACGACGGGAAAAACCUGUCGGCGCCGCAGCAGUUCCGCUCCAAAGAGAUCUCCAAGAGCAACGUGGUGGAUGACAUGGUCCAGUCCAACCCCAUACUGUACCAGCCUGGAGAGAAACCUGACCACUGUGUGGUUAUUAAGUACGUCCCCUACGUGGGAGACAGCAAGCGCGCCAUGGAUGAGUACACUUCUGAAAUAAUGAUGGGAGGGAUCAAUACGAUCGCGCUGCACAACACCUGUGAGGACUCUCUACUCGCUAGUCCGAUCAUUCUGGACCUGGUGAUGCUGACGGAGCUUUGUCAGCGUAUCACUGUCCAGCCUCAGGGGGAGGAAGACUUCCAGUCCUUCCACAGCGUCUUAGCGCUGCUCUCCUUCCUCUGCAAAGCCCCUCUGGUCCCAUCAGGGACCCCGGUCGUCAAUGCCUUCUUCCGCCAGAGGGCCUGCAUAGAAAACAUCAUGAGAGCGUGCCUUGGCCUUCCUCCUCAGAACCACAUGCUGCUGGAGCACAAGCUGCAGAGAAACUUCCUGCCUCCACACCCGACCUCCACCAACGGCGAUGUGGUUUCUCUGAAAAAAGCCGCUCUCACCAACGGGAGCCAUAUACCUCUAACGAAUGGCAUAUACGCACAUAUGGAUGAUGCAGCGCGCGCACUAUGACCGCAAAUGAAACACUGCAGCCCAAAAACACACUGAAACAACGUAUGACCAUGUUUAAUAAGAACAAAGGCCCCUUACCAAUUAAGCUGUUGUUACAAAAACACACUAUAGAAGCCUGCAGUAUGUGGAGCCCAUAGACUACAACCAUCUGUGGCUCCAUAAUACUUACAACAUUUUUCGAGGCGAGCAGUUUUGCUCAAAUACAUUUCACAGUUUGUAGUGCAGUUAUGUAUUAAUGUGUUUUCAAUAUUUUGCACUAAACGUUGUUUAGUGUUUUCACUUUUUAUUUAAUAUGUUUCUAGGGUUUAGUGCAGAUGUGAAGCACAGCUGUACAGGGUACUGUAUGUAUCUUCUGAAAUAGGUUCAUAUGUUUUACAAGCAAAUGUGGCACUGAAUGGAUCUGAUAACUGCUGUAUCUGUUGUCUGAAUGUGCAGCACAUGAGGCACCUUUCUUUCUGUGUUACUGUUGUGUUAAUAUGUAUUGCUGCUUUUUUGUUUUUUUUGGAGGCAUACACGUGUUUUUGUGAGACCUGGGCUAUUUAUAUACUAUAAACAUGUAAAUGUUGUUUGAACUUAACA